GCUGCUCCGAGCCGGGGCCGGAGGGUUGUUUUGCAGUUGCGUUGGCACAUCACACACUAAGGGCGCUUUAAAGACCUGGAUUGAUUGGAAGGACCAAAAUUAGAAGCAAUCUGAUCCGGCCUCAUGCCAGAUCCCUGCGGAUUUUCUCCCUAUCCCAUUUCCAUCCACUGUCACAAUUUGAGAGUCUGCCUGAUUUGAUCGGAUUCAUCUCUGGGAGAGGUGUGAUGCCAAGGUUAGGAGGACGCAAAGUUGUGGGCAACUUUGUGACCUGCCCAUCAGCAGUCUGAGAAACGCUGGCUCCGAGUUUUCCAUAUCGGCCUUUUGGAAAAAACAAGGUCCUCGCUCUUUGCAACCUGGCAGCGCUCGAGGCCCUGGGACAUCCGGCCUCCGUCGCCUGGUAGAUGUGGCAUUUCCAUGCUGAGGCUGCGAGUCCCGCCUGACCGAGUCACCACCUCUCCAGGCCCUCUCCGGGCCGCGCCCCUGUGGACUGUGCCGCCAUGCUGCACCUGCUGGCUCUUUUCCUGCACUGCCUCCCACUGGCCUCUGGGGACUACGACAUCUGCAAGUCCUGGGUGACCACGGAUGAAGGCCCCUCCUGGGAGUUCUAUGCCUGCCAGCCCAAGGUGAUGCGCCUGAAGGACUACGUCAAGGUGAAGGUGGAGCCCUCCGGCAUCACAUGCGGGGACCCCCCUGAGAGAUUCUGCUCCCACGAGAACCCCUACCUUUGCAGCAACGAGUGUGACGCCUCCAACCCGGACCUGGCCCACCCGCCCCUGCUCAUGUUUGACAAGGAGGACGAGGGACUGGCCACCUACUGGCAGAGCGUCACGUGGAGCCGCUACCCCAGCCCGCUGGAAGCCAACAUCACCCUGUCGUGGAACAAGAGCGUGGAGCUAACGGAUGACGUGGUGGUGACCUUCGAGUACGGCCGGCCGACCGUCAUGGUCCUGGAGAAGUCGCUGGACAACGGGCGCACGUGGCAGCCCUACCAGUUCUUCGCGGAGGACUGCAUGGAGGCGUUCGGCAUGCCCGCGCGCCGGGCCCGCGACCUGUCGGCGUCCGGCGCGCACCGGGUGCUGUGCACCGAGGAGUACUCCCGCUGGGCCGGCUCCAAGAAGGAGAAGCACGUGCGCUUCGAGGUGCGGGACCGCUUUGCCAUCUUCGCGGGCCCCGACCUGCGCAACAUGGACAACCUGUACACGCGGCUGGAGAGCGCCAAGGGCCUCAAGGAGUUCUUCACCCUCACCGACCUGCGCAUGCGGCUGCUGCGCCCGGCGCUGGGGGGCACCUACGUGCAGCGCGAGAACCUCUACAAGUACUUCUACGCCAUCUCCAACAUCGAGGUCAUAGGCAGGUGCAAGUGCAACCUCCACGCCAACCUGUGCUCCGUGCGCGAGGGCAGCCUGCAGUGCGAGUGCGAACACAACACCACGGGCCCCGACUGCGGCAAGUGCAAGAGGAGCUUCCGCACGCGCUCCUGGCGGGCCGGCUCCUACCUGCCGCUGCCCCACGGCUCUCCCAACGCGUGUGCGUACCGCGCCCCUCCCCACCGGGGCCCCGCGAGGUCCCGGUCUCCAGGAGCUGUGGAUUCCAUCACUCCCAUGCGCACACGGCAUGCGCAAACUUGCAAGCACGCCCACGCUGACACACAGGCACUAGCACAGGCACACGCGCGCGCACUCCUUGUGACUCAGCUCCUGAGCGCCAGGCCUUGUGAUCAGACCCUCUGGCGUGACUGCAUCCUGCCCACCCCGUCCUCAGGAACCGAGGGGAGCGGCUCAGCAUCCUCCCUGCCUUCCUUCCUUCCCCUUCUUGACCCCAAGGCAGGAGAGAGGGCCCGCAGGGUGUCAGGAGCAGUGGGGGCAUCAGCAGGUCCCAGAAAGACCCCGUCCCCCAAGUCCCCUGUGGCCACUGUGGCCACGAGGGUGGACCCCACCACUCCUGCCCCCUCCACGUCCACUGCUGGGGCCCCCGUGGCCCCCAGCACCCCACAGCCCACAGGCCCAGCACUGAGCUAUGGUGGCCGAUUACCCGCCCCCCCCCACACACACGCGCACAACCACAGCCCCCAGGAGAGCCGCUCGGUGGCCUCCGACGAGGCUCCUCCCACCUGUCAGUCACAGCUCUUUAGAGGUGUCCGUCCAGAGUGUAACUGCAACCAGAUCGGCUCCUUGCAUGACCGGUGCAACGAGACAGGCUUCUGCGAGUGCCGCGAGGGCGCGGCGGGGCCCAAGUGCGACGACUGCCUCCCCACGCACUACUGGCGCCAGGGCUGCUACCCCAACGUGUGCGACGACGACCAGCUGCUCUGCCAGAACGGCGGCACCUGCGUGCAGAACCAGCGCUGCGCCUGCCCGCGCGGCUACACCGGCGUGCGCUGCGAGCACAUCAGGAAGGAGACGGUCGAGGAGACCCGGGGCACCGAGGGAGUUGUAAAAGGAAGCUCGGAAGAAAGGGGUCCAUGA